AUUAGUUUCACUUCCGCUUGUGUCAAUAUGCGUUUGUGGCUGGGGCUGCGAAAGGCUCUAUACCCCAGCUUGGUUCCACCUUUCUAGAUCAAGGUAGAGAAGCUGCCACUUUCUUCUUCGUGGAAUCCUGGAGCUGAAGUGGAAAAGGUGACCGCUGGCUGAUUCUCCAAGUGGACAAAAAAACAGGUGGUUGCAUAACAGGAAAUGGCAGAAACAGAAGAUUGUGUGGGUCAGGAGCCAUGUCCAGUUGAUGAUGAUUUAUUUAAAGAACCAAUGAGAAAAAGAAGACGGUCAGAUCGGGACCAGCGUUUCCGAGCAUUUCCCACGAUGGAACAAAGCGCCCUUAAGGAAUAUGAAAAAUUGGAGUCACGGACCAGAAGGGUUUUGAGCAACACUUACCAGAAACUUCUUCAGUCUGUGUUCCUGGAUGACAGCAUCCCUAAUGGCAUCAAGUACCUCAUAAACAGGCUUCUUGCCUUGAUUGAAAAGCCACCGUUGGACCCCAUCUACAUUGGAUUGUUUGGAAGCACUGGGGCUGGGAAGAGCUCCCUGAUCAAUGCUAUCAUUCAGCAAGCCAUGUUUCUGCCAGUGUCUGGAGAAAGUAUAUGUACGUCUUGUAUUGUUCAAGUGCGCUCGGGCUGCUGUGAGCUGUAUGAGGCCAAGAUCCACCUCCUCUCCGACCAGGAGUGGAAGGAAGAGCUGAAGAACCUAGUGAAGCUCCUGAACAGGACUGAGGAGCUGGGCAGAGAAGAGGAGGAUGCAUGGAAUAAGGAUGAAGCGCUGGAAGAAGCCAUUUGGAAGCUACAAAUGCUUUAUGGACACGGGGCGGAAAGGAAGAGCUACGAGGAGUUACUAAGGGCAAAGCCCAUAGGAAAGAUCCCCCCCUCCAGAGUCAUCACCCUCAAGGCAGAAGAGGCAGAAGAGCUGUCUGUCAAGCUGGAUCCCUACACGACUCAGAGGAGGGGCUGGGCUGGAGGACCAGAUGAGACACAAAUCUGGCCCUUGAUCAAACUUGUGGAAGUGACCCUUCCCAAGUCAGAGCUGAUUCCAGAAGGAGUGGUGCUGGUGGACAUCCCAGGCACAGGAGACUUUAACAGCAAGAGGGACGAGAUGUGGAGAAAGACCAUUGAUAAAUGCUCGGUGAUCUGGGUCAUCAGUGACAUUGAAAGAGUGUCUGGAGGGAGAGCCCACGAAGACCUUCUCAACGAGAGCAUCAAAGCCUGCCAGAGGGGGUUCUGCAGGGACGUGGCCCUGGUUGUCACCAAGACUGACAAGCUCCACUUGCCAGAAUAUCUAAGGGAACGAAAAGUGGGAAAUCCAGCUGUUCAAAGUCAGCGAGAGGCUGUUCUAGAAAGAAAUGAAAUGAUAAAACUCCAGAAGAAUAAAAUCCUCAAGGAAAAACUAAAGAGAAAACUGCCUGCUGACUCCAAGGUUCUGGAAGCCUCAGAGCUGGUGUACACAGUCAGUGCCCAGGAGUACUGGCAGCAGGCUGUCCUUGCCGAGGAGGAAACUGAAAUCCCCAAGUUAAGAGAAUACAUCCGGAGAAGGCUCUUGGAUGAGAAGAGAAGGAUGGUGACCAAGUAUGUCACUGAAGCCUUUGGCCUAUUGCUCCUGACAGAUAGUUUCAACGGCCCGGACCACCUGCCGAAUGAACACUUGCACAUGAGUGGCCUGCGGAGGUUUGUGGAGGAGAGGAUCCAGCUGCUGGAGAAGGCUAUUGACCAGUGCUUUGCCCACAUUGCUCAGCCUCUGCAAGUUGGGGUCCGAAAUGCCAGGAGUUCCUACCGACGGAUCCUUGGGGCGUGCCUGGUGAGGAGUAGAGGAAACCAGGGUUUUCACCAGACACUGAAAGCAGUUUGCCUGAAGAACGGCAUCUAUGCCUCCAGGACUCUCGCGAGAAUAGAUCUGAACGAAGCCAUCACACAGCCCAUCUAUGACCAGAUUGAUCCCGUUUUCGGAGGCAUUUUUAGCUCCGGGAAGCCCACAGAUGGUUCAGCUUUGAUGCCUCACAUAGAUGCUUUUAAGUACUCUCUGCAGGAGAAGAUGACGGAAAUUGGGAUAAGAAAUGGCUGGAAGUAUGACAGCUGCAAGAAGAGUUUUCUGGUCCAGGAGAUAAGCGCCAUCCUCGGAGGCCUGGAGGAACACAUUCUGAGGAAGAAGAGGAGGAUUUAUGAGUCUCUCACCACCUCUGUGCAGAAUGACCUGAAGCCCUGUUAUGAAGAGGCAGCUCAGAUCACGGGCAAAAAAGCAUGUGAAAGAAUGAAAGAUGUCAUCAGAAGAGGCGUAGACCGGCAGGUGGCUGAGGGCAUGUUCGAAAGGGCUGAAGAAAGGAUGCAGCACCAAUUUCAGCAGCUGAAGAAUGGAAUCACGGAGAAGGUGAAGGGCAGCAUCACCACCAUGCUGACCCUUGCUUCGUCCCAGGGGGAUGGACUCUACAAGGAGCUUGCAGAUGUCAAAAGUGAAUACAAAGAGAUGGAGAAGCUGCACAGGAGCCUGAAGGAGGUAGCGGAGAAUGCAGUGCUGCGGAGGGGCAUGCAAGAUUUCCUUCUGAGAAUGUCCCCCAGCAAAGCUGGGCCCCCUCAAACAUGGACUUGAUGCUUGGAACUUAGCACCAGGGGUUGGAAUCCAAGCCUGGAGACAAAUAGUCAGAUUUACUUCUGUUUAUUAAAACCUAAGAAAGGACCUCUCCCAACUUUGGGGGCUUUCUAGACAACCGAGAUGCAAUAUAUUGUUACUUCUGGCAGAAGCUGAGGACUGAGCAACAUCAUUUCAUUUUUUUAUUCUAUAACCAAAAAAGGUCAUCCUGAAUCCCUUACGGAGUUCUGAAGCUUUAGGGACAGGAAAUCUGUGCUUCACUGAAGACAAAUAUCUAAACAUCGAAAAACUUAUACAUGGAAUCUAAAAUGUGAUAUAAAUGAGCUUAUUUACAAAACAGAAACAAACUCACAGACCAUAGAAAACAAACUUAUGGCUACCAAAGGGGGAAAGGGGGAAAGGAUAAACUAGGAGUUUGAGAUUAGCAGUUACAAACUACUACAUAUGAGAGAUAAACAGCAAGGUCCAAAUAAGCAUAAUGGGAAAAAUGCAAAAUAAAGCUUUAGGGACCCAGAUCUAUUUCUCAUUUUAAUUCUGAUGAGACAUUGUGUCAUGGAAACAACAUGGGUUGUUCCAUGAGUUGAGAGCCAGGUGGAUAAGAAACCUGGCUUUACCACUUCUCAGGACUGUGAUCUAAGACAAGCACGCCUCAAGCAUGUUGAUCUCAGGACUCUCUACUCUUAAAAAUCAUUGAGAACCCAAAGAGCUUUUGUUGAUGUGCGUUAUAGCUGUUGAAAUUUACUGUAUUCAAAAUUAAAAUGAAGAAAAAUUGUAAAUAAUUAUUUACUAAUUCAUUUUAAGAUGACAACAAUAAACCCAUUACAUGUUUUUAUAAAUAAAUAUUUUUGUGAAAAAAAAACUAUUUUGAAAAAUUUAGUGAAGAAGAGUGACAUUAUUUUAGACAUUUGCAAAUCUCUUUAAUCUCUGACUUAAUAGAAGGCAGCUGGAUUCCCUUAUCUGUCUCUGCAUUCAAUCUGUUGCAGUAUGUCUUUCUGGAUGAUAUAUAUGGAAAAAAAAUACAGUCUCACAGAUAUAGUGUUGGAAUACAGAAGAGUAUCUUAAUAGACUCUUCAGAUCAUUUCUGGAUAUUCAUCUCUGUUACUACAAUCCUGACAAGUGGUAGUUUCUUAAGUGUGGAAUCUGAAAUCAUAUUGGUGAAUUUUUUCAUAUCCUGUUGCAUUAAAAUUGACAAGUGGUAGUUUCUUAAGUGUGGAAUCUGAAAUCAUAUUGGUGAAUUUUUUCAUAUCCUGUUGCAUUAAAAUACAUUUCCAUCUCAUAUUUUGAAUGUAUCUUUUACCAAUUGUGGCAUUGGGCAUUGGUCAUUCUGAAAAUUAUCCUUCACUGGAUUAACCAGUUCUUCUAAAUGUUGACAUUUCAUUAUAUAAUGCCUCAAAUCAUAUUUGUAGAUAUCUCCACCAGUGUCACCAGAAAAGUUGUGAAGUAUUGGGAAUCUAUCAAGCUCAUGGUGGAAGAUACAAGUUUUAUAAAAUUCCACUUUUCCCUGAAAGCUCAGCUUAUCAUUGGCAACAAAGACUAUCAGUUGUUUUCUUUGAAGUGAUAGGUUCAUUUUGUUCAUUUUCAAGAAAUGUCCACCAUGAUGGACCUAGAAACUAUCAUGCUAAGUGAAGUCAGCCAUACAAUGAGACACCAACAUCAAAUGCUUUCACUGACAUGUGGAAUCUGAAAAAAGGACAGACUGAACUUCUUUGCAGAACAGAUGUUGUCUCAUAGACAUUGAAAAACUUAUGGUCUCCCGAGGAGACAGUUUGGGGGUGGGGGGAUGUGCUUGGGCUGUGGUAUGGAAAUGAGAUUGUUACGAUCACUAUACAAUUACAGAUGUGAUAAAUUCAUUUGAGUAAUUAAAAAAAGAGAUGUCCACCAUGUAA